AUGAUCUGUGUUUCUGUUCCUUACUAUAGCACCGAUGUCUUCAUAUGCACCAGUCCAAUCAAACGAUACAAGUACUGUCCAUAUGAAAAGUAUGCUUGGGUGGAGAAGCACUUUGGACACGAGUUUUUGGAGCAGAUUAUUCUGACCAGAGACAAAACUGUGGUUUCCGCUGACCUCCUGAUUGAUGACCGGCCGGAUAUAACAGGAGCCGAAGCUAUCCCAAGAUGGGAACACAUCCUCUUCACAGCCUGCCACAAUCACCAUCUUGGCUCGAGCUCGCCCCUCAGGAGGCUCCAGUCUUGGCGGGAUGACUGGAAGGGAAUCCUUGACAGUAAGCGCUCUCAGCUUUUUGAAGGAUGCAAGGGAACCCACCAAUCAGAGCCGAGGGAUUAA